GCGACAGAACAAAAACUAAAAACAAACACACAGCCGAUCUUUUCUCUUGUUUGUAUUGCUUGUUUUCCUUUGCACCGCGUGGAGUAGACGAGGAUUCAGGUUUCACUCUGAUGGGUUUCCAGUCCCAAUUGAAGAUUUAGCAGUCUAUUUGUAGGUACAGUGCAGGUGGCGACAAGUCUGGGCUCCUGAAUCCUGCUCUGCCAGUACUGAAACCUGUCCUGCAAACCCACCCAGACUACUAAUCUGAGAAGGAUGUCUUCCAAGCGACCAGCCUCUCCAUAUGGGGGAACAGAUGGAGAGGUAGCCAUGGCGACAAGCAGACAGAAAUUGGAAGAUAAGGAGAGUGAUGGGCUCCCUGUCAUUCACCUACCCCUGAACUCCAGUUAUUCCAGCAAGCUUCAGUCGGAGGAGUUUCAGUCUGUAAACUCUUUGACCAGGGAAAAUUUCGGCCUUGACAGCCCCACUUCUCUCCACAAUUCAAUGGAACAAGAUGGCGUAAAGGGUCAGUCUCUGAGUCCAUAUGCGCAGCAAAACUCAUCUACCUCACCGACUAAGACAGAAGACUGCGCUCGUCAGGGCAGCGACUCGGGCUCCAGCACGGCUCUGGGGACCCCAGAGAGACGCAAGGGCAGCUUGGCCGAUGUGGUGGACACGCUGAAACAGAGGAAAAUGGAGGAGCUUAUCAAAAACGAGCCUGAGGAAACCCCCAGCAUUGAGAAGCUUCUAUCAAAAGACUGGAAGGACAAGCUUCUUGCCAUGGGAUCAGGGAACUUCGGAGAAAUUAAAGGGACUCCAGAAAGCCUUGCUGAGAAGGAGAGGCAGCUCAUGGGUAUGAUCAACCAGCUGACCAGUCUGAGGGAGCAGCUGCUGGCGGCCCACGACGAACAGAAGAAACUUGCAGCAUCUCAAAUCGAGAAACAGCGGCAACAAAUGGAGCUGGCCAAACAGCAACAGGAUCAAAUUGCAAGACAACAGCAACAGCUCCUGCAGCAACAACACAAAAUCAACCUUCUUCAACAACAGAUCCAGCAGGUUCAGGGUCAGUUGCCCCCGUUGAUGAUCCCAGUUUUCCCUCCAGACCAGAGGGCAUUAGCAGCAGCAGCAGCCCAGCAAGGAUUCCUCCUGCCCCCAGGCUUCAACUACAAACCUGGAUGCAGUGACCCUUACCCUCUUCAGCUGAUUCCUACUACCAUGGCAGCUGCUGCCGCGGCAACCCCAGGCCUCGGCCAGCUCCAGCUGCAGCAGCUGUAUGCGGCCCAACUUGCAGCCAUGCAGGUAUCUCCAGGGGCCAAACUACCUGGCAUGCCUCAUACCAACCUGGGAAACAUCCACUCGCCAACCAACAUCCAGACAGAGAAGUGCAGGAGCACCCCUCCACUGAAAAGCAAGGAGGAGGGUGCACAGCCAUUGAAUCUGUCAUCCAAGCCCAAGACAACUGAGAGCAAAACACCGACAUCCCCUGCAUCCCCACAGGUCCCCAGUAUGAAAAUGAGCACAGGAUCCAUGAAACACAGUUUCCAAGCCUCACUCGCCAGCCCUCCCUCCAGAAUGAACUCAAUAGAUCUUCUUUCCUCUAUCACCUCUGGUGGUUACUUGAAUGACCAUGAUGCAGUCAACAAGGCUUUUCAGGAAGCCAGGCAAAUGAAAGAGCAGCUCAGGAGAGAGCAACAGGUGCUGGAUGCAAAGGUGGCUGUAGUCAACAGUCUGGGGCUAAACAAUGGCAGAACAGAAAAGGAGAAAGCCGCUUUGGAAAGUCUGACACAGCAGCUUGCAGUAAAACAGACUGAAGAUGGGAAGUUCAACCAUGCCAUGAUGGAGUUUAAUAUGAGCGGAGACUCAGAUGGAAGCCCUAGUGUGUCCGAUUCAAGGAUGUUCCGAGAAGCCAGAGGCAGGGGAAGCAGCGAGCCUCAUAUCAAACGGCCCAUGAAUGCCUUCAUGGUUUGGGCAAAAGAUGAGAGGAGAAAAAUUCUACAGGCCUUCCCUGACAUGCACAACUCUAAUAUCAGCAAAAUUCUGGGGUCUCGCUGGAAAUCCAUGACAAACUUAGAAAAGCAGCCUUACUAUGAGGAACAGGCCAGGCUUAGCAAACAACAUCUGGAGAAGUACCCCGACUACAAGUACAAGCCCAGGCCCAAGCGCACCUGCCUGGUGGAUGGCAAGAAGCUAAGGAUUGGGGAAUACAAAACCAUCAUGCGCAAUCGGCGCCAGGAGAUGAGGCAGUACUUUACUGUUGGGCAACAAGGUCAGAUUCCCAUCAGCUCAUCAGGAGUUGUGUACCCCGGAGCAAUUGCAAUGGCAGGGAUGCCCUCCCCCCAGAUCCCCUCAGAGCACUCCAGCAUGUCGAGCAGCCCGGAGCCCAGCAUUCCCGUCAUCCAGAGCACUUACCUGCACAGCAUGAAGACAGAGGAGACCCAGGUCAAGGAGGAGAUACACAUGGAUGACAGCAACGGCAAUGUGUAUGAUGACUUUGAGUACGAGGACGAAGACGCAGAUUACGGCAGCGACAGUGAAAACCACAUCGCUGCACAAGCUGACUGAUGAGGGGGGUUCGCGGUCCAGGACUUUUUCAGCUCCACCGCUACCACCACCAACACAACCUCCACCUCUCCUCACCCACCCCGACACUGAAAGGAUAACAGUCCCCCUUCUGAUCUUUCUGGUGACCAGCGGCCAAGCACAAUAACUUUGUCAUACACUGACUGUUACUUAAACAAGAAAAAAAGUCUUAAACUAGUCAGGACUUCUGCUGAAUUCAAUACCUGUCUGCAAAGCAGGCUAAAGGAAAAAAAGAAAAAGCAGUUUAUGUACUAUGGGUCAAAAAAUAAAGAAACAGAAAAUAGGAUGCCAGUAAUUCAGCUGCUAUACCCAAGCACUGAAGUCUUACCCUUUGACGUGUCUAUUGAAAAACUUUUAAAACAGCUGUUUGUCCUACGACGUUCUAUAAUAUCCUCACUCAGGUACACAGUGCCAACAAGUGGCUUGUGAAUGUGUUUUGAUGUUUUUGUGCAGUUUUUUUUUUUUUUU